AUGUCUGAUAGUAGGCCAAUAAAACAAACUGGCCGUUUCAAUAAAUACUAUAAGAUAAUAGGGCCUGAACUGGGAACGGGAGGUUUCGGUACAGUCUAUAUGGUAUCGUAUAGACAUUUUCCCAGCAAACGGUUUGCUGUUAAAGUAUCCAAAAAAACAUUUGAUAAAGAUACAUGUCUAAAUCAAUUGGAAAUGGAGAUCAAACACUGGGCUACUAUUGAUAGCGACUAUUUUGUCAGAUACCGGAGCUCAUGGAUAGAGACGGCUACUAAUGCUAAUACUACUAUUCGUUCACUAUUGCCAGCUUGUAUUAGCCCCAGUAGUGAGCGGCACCUGUAUCGCCAAUACAUCGAAAUGGACUGGUGUUGGUUUACACUGUUUGAUGUUAUCCGAAAAAUGUCCGAUCAUUUCAAACGUGAUACCCGUAAACUGUGGCCAUUGUUAGGCUAUAUAAUGGCUGCGGAACUGUUCGAUGAGAUACUACAGGCGCUAAACUAUUUGCAUACCUGUGCAGCAGUACUAAUACAUCGUGAUAUUAAACCCAGGAAUAUACUGAUUAGACAAAAAUCUAGUGGAACACCGUUUGUUAAGAUAGGCGAUUUUGGACUGGUAGUCACCGCCCAGCCAUCUGAUAAUUCUAGUACUAGUGCACAGUUAGGUAUUGCCGGAACGCCUGGUUAUAUGGCACCCGAAGUCCUGUUAGGAGGCGGUGGUGGCUAUACUACCAAAUCGGAUGUCUAUAGUUUAGCUGUUAUGGCUAUCGAAAUGUUUAAUAUGAAUUUAGCUACUUAUAAAUCAUAA